AUGGCCGAAGCAAUCCUCUUUGGUCUUGCACAGAAAAUGAUUGAAAAUCUGGGCUCUCAGACUUUCCAAGAGAUUGGAUCACUCUGGGGUGUUAAAGAUAAGCUUGAAAAAAUCAAGAACACCGUUUCCACGGUCCAAGCUGUACUUCAGGAUGCAGCGGAGCAGCAAAGUCAUAACCAUCAAGUCAAGGACUGGCUCCAAAAGCUCAACGAUGCAGUUUAUGACGCAGAUGACUUGUUGAGUGAGUUUUCAACUGAAGCUACAAGGCGAAGCAUGGUGAGUGGGAAUAAAGUCACAAAAGAGGUACGCACUUUCUUUUCAAAGUCAAACCAACUAGCUUUUCGUGGUAAGAUGAGUCGUAAAAUAAAGGCAAUGAGGCAAAAGCUAAAUGCAAUAGCAGAAGAUAAGAACAAGUUUAACUUGAAAGUAGACAACGUAGAGACGAAUGUUAUGAGUAGGAAGAGGGAGACUCACUCUUUUGUUCGGGGAGAGGUUGUUAUUGGGAGGGAUGAGGACAAAAAGAAUAUCAUAGACCUAUUAUUCGACUCUAAUGUACAAGAGAAUAUUUCGGUCAUUCCCAUUGUGGGGAUCGGGGGCUUAGGGAAGACUACACUUGCUCAAUAUGCGUACAAUGAUGAGAAAGUUCAAAAAUACUUUGAGUUAAAAAUGUGGGCAUGCAUCUCUGAUGUAUUUGAUUUAAAAAUAAUUAUUGAAAAGAUAAUAGCAUCUACUUCUGAUCAUGCACCAGUUGGAAACCUUGUAAUAGAUCAGUUGCAAAGUCAACUUCGUAAAAAAAUUGAAGGAAAGAAAUACUUACUUGUAUUAGAUGAUAUAUGGAAUGAAGAUCCUGAAAACUGGCGUGAAUUGAAAAGUCUUUUAAUGGGUGGUUCCAAAGGCAGUAAGAUUAUAAUAACUAGUCGUAUUAGAUUGGUUGCAGAGAUUACACGCACAGUUUCACCAUAUUUUCUCGAAGGUCUGUCCAAAGAACAAUCUUGGGUUUUAUUUAGGCAAGUGGCAUUUAGAAAUGGGCAAGAGGCCAACAAUCCUAAACUAGUGACAAUUGGAAGGGACAUUGUAAACAUGUGUCAAGGGGUACCACUUGCUCUAAAGUCCAUAGGAAAUUUGUUAUACUUCAAGGAAAAAGAGUCUGAAUGGUCAUACGUGCAGGAUAAUAUAGAAGCAAAUGUAAUUCAAGGGAAUGGAAUUUUACCAAUUUUAAAAUUGAGUUAUGAUCAUCUCCCAUCACAUUUAAAGAGUUGUUUCACUUAUUGCUCUUUGUUUCCCAAAGAUUAUGAGAUGGAUAAGGAAACAGUAAUACAACUAUGGAUAGCACAAGGAUUUGUCCAAUCAUCAAUCAAAAACCAACAAUUGGAGGACAUUGGUGAUGAGUAUUUCAAGGAUUUACUUUGGAGGUCCUUCUUUGAAGAAGUAGAGACUUACAAUGGCUUAAGAUACAAGAUGCAUGAUUUAAUGCAUGAUCUUGCAGAAGUUGUUGCAGGCGAGGAGUGCAGACUUGUUAGUUUUGAUGGCAAAAAUGUUAAUGAAAAAAAUCAUCAUGUAUCAUGCCCAUUUCAUAUUGGCUCAUCUUUUACUGAAUCUUUAAGGUUUUUGGUUAAAGCAGUCAAGCUAUAUACAUUUCUUCUAACAUUUAGUGAGAUGAACUCUGGUGCCUUGGAAGAGUCAACGUUGAAUACAAUUAUUUUGAGUUUCAAGAGCUUGCGUGCGUUAGAUAUACAUGCAUUGAAGAUUACAUCAAUACCAAAUUCUAUAGGGAAGUUAAGACAUCUAAAGUAUCUUGAUGUUUCUUUUAACAAGGAUAUUAAAACUCUCCCUGAUUCAAUUACUACAUUGUUGAAUUUGCAAGUACUAAAACUUUAUGAUUGUGAAGGCCUUAAAGAAUUACCCAAAAAGUUUAGAGAAUUGGUUAGCCUCAAACAUCUUUAUAAUGAUGGUUGUUAUAAUUUGAGUCACAUGCCUCAUGGAUUAGGGCAAAUGACUUCACUUCAAACAUUAAAAUUAUUCAAUGUGAGCACGUCCUCCGAGACUGGUGGAUUAGGUGAAUUGAAGGAGCUAAACAACUUGCGAGGAACAUUAGAGAUCUCACAUUUGGAACGGUUGACAGAAGCUAACUCAAAAUCCAUUGUUGUGAAUUUAUGGGAAAAGCAACAUCUUGAAAAACUGAUAUUAAAAUGGCAUCAUCAAGAUCAAGUACAUAAUAAUGAAGAUGAGAAGUUAUUAGAAGACCUCCAGUCACACCAAAAUCUCAAAUAUUUGGAAGUGCAUCAGUACAAGGGUGUGAAAUUUUUAAGUUGGGUCUCUUCUCUCACAAAUCUUGUUGAUUUAAAGAUACAGAAUUGUAAGAGAUGUCGAUAUCUGCCACCAUUGUCUCAUCUCCCCUCUUUAAAAUCUCUAACGCUUGACACAAUGAAUGAUUUGGAGUACAUAUCCGAUAAUGAUAUGAGUAAAGAGUUGGCUACUCUAUCCACAAUAUUAUCAACAGCGUUCUUCCCAUCUCUAAAGUCACUCACAAUAAGGGCAUGUCUUAAUUUGAAGGGAUGGUGGGGGAGAACAGGGAGGGAUUUAGUUGCAACAUCAUCUGCGUCAACACCAGAUCAUCAACAAGAUCAGUCUCACAACUCAAUACCUUUAUUUCCUCUUCUUUCUUAUUUGCAGAUUAGUAAUUGCCCUAAAAUGACUUCCAUGCCCCUGUUUCCCAAUCUCGAAGAACGGCUAUUUUUAUCGAAUGUCAGUUUGAGGCCUUUGCAAGAGACAAUGUCAAUGAGUUUUUUAGUUCCCUCUUCCUCCUCUUCAUUAUCCUCUUCUUCUCCUCUCUCCAAAUUAAAUGAUAUGACUUUGGAUUCUAUAGAAGAUAUAGUGUCUCUUCCGGCUGAGUGGGCACUAUAUUCUCUGAAGCAACUACAAAUUUGGGAUUGCCCUAAACUAACAUCUAUGUCUGGAGCGAUACGUUAUCUCACCUCCCUCUGUUUUCUAUCAAUUGACGAUUGCGAGGAGUUCGAUCCAUUCAGAGACAUGCAUGAUGAUGGCAUGGAAUGGCAAUGCCUCAUUUGCCUCCGUCAUUUAGAAUUCAGAGGCAUUCCGAAAUUGAAGUCUCUCCCUGUGGGUCUUCAAUGUAUUUCCACCCUAAAAGAGCUCAGAAUUUCGAACUGUCCCAAUUUAAUGACUUUGUCAGAGCUCACCUCACUUGAAUAUCUUGGGAUUGAAAGAUGCGAGCCUAAUUUGACAUCACUUCUUGAGAUUAGUUGUCUCACUUCUUUACAGUCGCUGGGAAUUGUUGACUUUCCCAAUUUGAUUACUCUCCCUGAAUCAAUUAGGAAUCUAAUCUCACUUGAAACACUUUUCAUUCAGUCCUGUCCCAAUCUCACAACACUACCUGAUGAUGGUUUUAUCAAGUCUUUACGAAAACUGCUAAUUAUUAAUUGUCCUCAGUUAGCUGAAAAAUACAAAAAUAAAAUCGAUAAGGAUUUCCCUAAUUUGGAAAUCGAAUGGCGUUGA